AUGAGACGCAUCUUUGUUGUUGGGCCCAGAUUGGCUUCUUUUAGCAUCGGAUUGAUAGGUGCCAUCCUCUCCCGUGGUGUUCACGGUCUGAGCAAUGGUGUCGCUAAAGUACCCGUCCUCGGAUACAACACCUGGAACUUCUUCCAAUGCAACAUUGAUCAAGACCUCAUAAUUGAUACUGCCAACCUUAUGGUUUCUCUGGGUCUUCAGGACGCCGGAUACAAUUAUGUGAACAUUGAUGAUUGUUGGGCAGAGAAGAAUAGGUCUUCCACCGGAGAACUUCAACCUGACUCCGUCAGGUUCUCUCGUGGUAUGAAGAACCUCACGGAUCAGGUCCAUGCUCUCGGAUUUAAAGCAGGGAUCUACGGCGACUCGGGUUGGUUCACCUGCGCGGGGUACCCAGGUUCUUUUGAGCACGAAGAUCAAGAUGCCCAGACACUGUUCGCGGAUUGGGGGUUCGAUUACCUCAAGUAUGAUAAUUGCGCUAUUCCUUUUGACACGAUUAUCCAGCAGGGCACGAUGGGUAAAUAUGUUCCUAUGUCCAAUGCUUUACAGAACUUGGCCACAAAUGGUUCGCUAUCGGAGCCCGUGGUGUUCUCACUGUGUCAGUGGGGAUGGAGUCAAGUUUGGCUCUGGGGUGCACGACUCGGCCACAGUUGGAGGACUACGGGCGACAUAUCGUCACAGUGGUCGUCCAUUGCGUCCAUCAUUAACUUCAACUCCUUCAUUACACAAGCUACCGGAUUUUAUGGACGUAACGACAUGGACAUGCUUCAACUUGGCAAUGGUAACAUGACCUUUGAUGAGGCCAAGACCCAUUUCACAGCUUGGGCCUUGAUGAAGUCGCCACUUCUCAUCGGAACGAAUCUGUCUGCGAUCACGAACGAGACGCUGAGCAUCCUCACGAACAAGGAGAUUCUGGCCAUUAACCAAGAUUCCGUGGAACCUGAUGCUGUUUCUCCUUUCAGAUGGGGCAUCAACCCAGAUUGGACGAGUAACUCGUCGUUCCCUGCCCAAUACUGGAGUGGUCCCAGCGAGAACGGAACCGUCUUCAUGCUGAUAAAUACUUUGGACACACCUUCCGACAUGUUCUUCAAUCUCACGGAAUCGCCUUGGAUUAGAGCAGGAAGGCAGUAUUCUGUCAGAGAUUUAUGGGCGCACACAGACAACGGUACCGCCGUUCGUAACUUCACAGCUACCAGCGUACCCUCACAUGGGGUUGUCGCUCUCCUUCUCAAUGAUUCCGGGGAAGAGCCUUUGGGCAUAUAUCCCCAAUGCGCUGUCUGGUUCAGCUGUAGCUCUGAGAAUGGGACGUAUGUUGACGGGUAA